UUAUUUAUAGUGGGAGCCAGAUUAAUGCUGAAACUGUUAAUCAGGUUAGGAGCUCAGAGACUGAAAGUGCACAAAGCCAAACACACACAGAGAGAAAGGAAGGAGCAGAGGAAUUCAUGCCCACCACCUGUUUGUCCCCCUCUUAUUAAAACUGACCAGGUUGUGUUGACAGUCGCUGCUCUCUCCAUCCACCCCACACACACCUCUGCUUGCAGUGAUUGGACUGCACAGGAGAAGCAAACUCUGGGAUUAGGGAGGGGGCGACGUUUUUUUUUUUUUUUUACCCCGCAGGGUGCAGCAGGACAGCCCUCAACGAGACUCUCCAAACGGGGCCACACGUCGCGUACUCUCUCCCGGGCCGAAAGCUGGCCGCGCGACUCCCGACUCUCUCCGUUUUCGACUCAUUUGCUCCCAGAUUUCCCUUCACGGUGAAAGGGAGGCGAUUCUCCUCGCCGCCAUUUUUAGGGAACUGCCUAUCGAGGAGAGAAACUUUGCUAGCCGCUUGCUGUCCACCGCUAGCGGGCUCGGCUGUCUGUAGCUCGGCUUUAUUUAAAUUAACAGCGCGGACGGACAAAACAACGCGACAUUUGCUUAAAGAACAACCAGACUUGACUUGGAAGUCGGGCGUAUAUGUGUUCGGGUAGGGCAACUAUGCAGUUACAUUAGCGAAUUAGCAUUGCUAACUUGUCGGCUAGUGAAUUCCCACUUUGAUUUUCCCUGGACUGCGUGGACCGUGAUUUUUUUUUUUUUUUUAGGAUAUUUUUAGGAUAUGAUUUUUAGCGUCAGCCGCGUCUCCGUGUUCAGCUCAGAGGGACUGGAUUAAUCAGCCUCUCUCAACCCACUCCUCGGCCAGCGUGGAUUCAUUUUGACCAGGUGCCCAUGUGCUGCUUCCCUCGGCUCAUCCAUUACCGCAGAUGAAUCUUCAGCUGCUCCGGCACAGCUCAGCACCCAGAUAGUCCCGUCGCCUUCGCGUGGGUGAUAAGGGACUACAUUAACCAGGAUGCCCUCCUCCGUAAGGGCGGGGAGCCUGAAGGACCCGGAGGUGGCCGAGCUUUUCUUCAAAGAAGACCCAGAGAAGCUUUUCUCCGACCUCCGGGAGAUCGGCCAUGGCAGCUUCGGCGCCGUCUACUUUGCACGGGAUGUCCGCACAAAUGAGGUGGUGGCAAUUAAAAAGAUGUCCUACAGUGGCAAACAGUCUAACGAGAAAUGGCAGGACAUUAUAAAGGAGGUGAAGUUUCUCCAGAGGAUCCGGCACCCCAACAGUAUAGAGUACAGAGGUUGUUACCUCCGCGAGCACACGGCAUGGCUGGUGAUGGAGUACUGUCUGGGCUCAGCCUCCGACCUGCUGGAAGUUCAUAAAAAACCUCUACAGGAACUCGAGAUUGCUGCCAUUACACACGGUGCUCUGCAAGGGCUGGCCUACCUCCACUCCCACAACAUGAUCCACAGGGAUGUGAAGGCAGGUAACAUCCUGCUCACUGAGCCUGGGCUCGUCAAACUGGCAGACUUUGGCUCGGCCUCCAUUGCCUCACCUGCCAACUCGUUUGUGGGAACGCCGUACUGGAUGGCCCCGGAGGUGAUUCUGGCUAUGGAUGAGGGCCAGUAUGAUGGGAAGGUGGAUGUCUGGUCCUUAGGGAUCACCUGUAUAGAAUUAGCGGAGAGGAAGCCUCCCUUGUUUAACAUGAAUGCAAUGAGUGCCUUAUACCACAUAGCGCAGAAUGAGAGCCCCACACUGCAAUCCAGUGAAUGGACGGAUUACUUUAGAAACUUUGUCGAUUCUUGCCUUCAGAAAAUCCCCCAAGACAGACCACACUCUGACGACAUGCUGGGACAUGCGUUUCUGCAACGUGAACGUCCAGACUCUGUGCUGAUGGAUCUCAUUCAGAGAACCAAGGACGCCGUGCGAGAGCUGGAUAACCUGCAGUACCGAAAGAUGAAGAAGAUCCUCCUUCAGGAGGCCCACAACGGGCCCACGACAGAAGCCCAGGAUGGAGACGAGGACCUGGAGCCGGGCGGAGGCCGCACAGGAACGGUGAACAGCGUGGGAAGCAACCAGUCCAUCCCCAGCAUGUCCAUCAGCGCCAGCUCCCAGAGCAGCUCUGUCAACAGCCUGAACGAAGCGGCGCAGGACACCCGCAGCGAGCUGGACCUGAUGGAGGGCGACCACACGGUCAUGUCCAACAGCUCCGUCAUACACCUCAAACCGGAGGAAGAGGAGAGUUUAUCCACAGAGCAGGCAGCCAGCAGUCAACCCACUGAGCCCCAGGAAACACCAGCUGCUGCCCCGAGGAAGCACUACCGCAACAGAGAGCACUUUGCCACCAUACGCACAGCAUCACUCGUCACCCGAGAAAUGCAAGAACACGAGCAGGACUCGGAGCUGAGGGAGCAGAUGUCGGGAUACAAGCGGAUGAGGCGGCAGCACCAGAAGCACCUGAUGGCCCUGGAGAACAAGCUGAAAGGGGAGAUGGACGAGCACCGGCUGAGGCUGGACAAAGAGCUGGAGAGUCAAAGGAACAACUUCACCCAGGAGAUGGAGAAACUGCUCAAGAAGCACCAGGCUGCCCUGGAGAAAGACCUGAAGACGUUUAACAACGAUGAAAAGAAAUUCCAGCAGCACAUCCAGGUUCAGCAGAAGAAGGAGCUGAGCAGCUUCUUGGAGUCACAGAAGCGGGAAUAUAAACUACGCAAGGAGCAGCUGAAAGAGGAGCUGAGUGAGAACCAGUCGACUCCCAAGAAGGAAAAGCAGGAGUGGCUGUCCAAGCAGAAGGAGAACAUCCAACACUUCCAGGCAGAGGAGGAGGCCAACCUGCUGAGGAGACAGAGGCAGUACCUGGAGCUCGAGUGUCGGCGGUUCAAACGCAGGAUCCUCAUUGCAAGACACAACGUGGAGCAGGAUCUGGCUAGAGAGGAGCUGAAUAAACGGCAAACGCAGAAAGACCUGGAGCACGCGAUGCUCCUCAGGCACCACGAGUCGAUGCAGGAGCUGGAGUUCAGGCACCUGGGGACCAUCCAGAAGGCCCGGGCGGAGCUGAUCCGAACCCAGCACCAGACGGAGCUCACCAACCAGCUGGAGUACAACAAGAGGAGGGAGAGGGAGCUGAGGCGCAAGCAUGUCAUGGAGGUCCGACAGCAGCCCAAGAGCCUCAAGUCUAAGGAGCUUCAGAUUAAAAAGCAGUUCCAGGAGACAUGUAAGACCCAGACCAGGCAGUACAAGGCCCUCAGGAACCAUCUGCUCGAGACCACGCCCAAGUCUGACCACAAGGCCGUGCUCAAGAGGCUGAAGGAGGAGCAGACCAGGAAGCUGGCCAUCCUGGCCGAGCAGUACGACCACUCCAUCAAUGAAAUGCUCUCCACACAGGCUCUGCGGUUAGAUGAGGCUCAGGAGGGCGAGUGUCAGGUUCUGAGGAUGCAACUGCAGCAGGAGCUGGAGCUGCUCAACGCCUACCAGAGCAAGAUCAAGAUGCAAACGGACGCACAACACGACAAGGAGAGGAGGGAGCUGGAGCAGAGGGUCUCUCUGAGGAGGGCUCUGCUGGAGCAGAAGAUUGAGGAGGAGAUGCUUUCCUUGCAGAACGAGCGUCUGGAGCGAAUCCGUUCGCUGCUGGAGCGCCAGGCCCGAGAGAUCGAGGCCUUCGACUCGGAGUCCAUGCGGCUGGGUUUCAGCAACAUGGUGCUCACCAACCUGGCUCCCGACUCCCAGGGGGGCUGGGGGGGGGGAGGAGGUGGCGGAGGCCAGGGGGCCCAGGGGGGAGGCCACUGGCCCGGAGGAGGAGGAGGAGGUGGUGGAGGCAGCCACCACAGUCACCACCACCAGGGGGGCUCCAGCUCGCAGCAGCCGUGGGGUCACCCCAUGCUGGCUGGGGGCCCGCCGCCCUGGAGCCUCCACCACCCCGGAGCAGUGAGUCAGAGGGGUAGCCAGGGAGGCGGGGGAGGGGUGAGGAACAGCCCGCAGGCUAUGAGGAGGACGUCAUCAGGGGGGAGGAGUGAACAGAGCAUGAGCAGGAGCGCCAGCAUCACCUCUCAGAUCUCCAACGGAUCCCACCUGUCGUACACCUAGAACACAAACACAAGCUGCACACUAACUGUCUUAAAGUAAAGAAUCUCGCGCACACUCGAGGCGACACUGUACACACACACACACACCAUGCACACACAUAGCACGCACACACACACUCUACACACACACUCUACACACACUUGCUGUUAUUUACCGCAGUACAUCUCACACUGCACACUUCUGAGAUAUCGGUGUGCUGCUGGGAGCCUGUGGAAACCCGAAACACUCGAGGCCGAUCCAAGAUGGCGGGGGGUCAUUUACAUCCUGCCACAGUGCAAUAGUGUAUUUAUUUUUUUUGCCAUGUUAGUCUGUAUUGCCAUCGACCCAAAGUAGAACCGUGGAGUUAAUCAUCAGGAGGUUUGCUUGUAGUUUAAAGGAUGCUGUUGAUCACACAUUAUGGGAAGAUUUGCGUUCAGUGUGCAGUUUUUUACUUCAUUUAAAAGUUGAAGACGCUUCCAGACUUCUAGAAAGUUUAAUGAGAUUAUUGGUCACGUGCAGUAAGACGCUUUCAAGUGACGCGAGACGAGGAGGAGAAAGGAAAGAGGCCGAGCGUGAAGGACGUCGUAAGGUGAGAACCAGGAGGGUUUAGCUGAGGUUGCAGUUGCGGCGCGGGGACGGCUAACAGUAAACACUUUUACUGCUGUGCGGAAGCUCAACCAGUCGAACCGAGGAACUGGAAUAAAAACAUAAAACGAUAAAAAGCUGCGUACGUUCAGGUGCCGGUGCCACUCAGGCUCUCGGCUCCUGGAGUUCAGAGCUGCGUGAGGAAUGUGAGCGAGUUUGCUUAGAUGCCAAAGGUUAAAGGUGCAGAGUCAUUGUAACUAUUCAUUCCGUGCUGUUUUUCUAUUUAAAGACGUUAGUGCCAGAGAAGCUCAGUUCAGUUCAAGUUAAUGCCACACGAAGGUAAGGAAGGAAGGAAGCCUUUCCUCCCGCAGGUGUGUUAUCGGCUCAGCUUUUGGGUUUCCACAGGCCUCCGCUCUUCACUCACACCUGCCCAGUGGACGGCAAGUCUGGGGGAUAACGCAGCCUCGUCAGUCCACAGCCCUCCCGACAGGAAUGGGUUUUCAGCAGCACCUAACCUCUACUUGAAUACUUUUAAAAAACUGGUGUUCACUCUUCACCUGUUUGCAGAAACCUACUGGUCUAAUCUGAGUCUCACCACAGGGUGUCGUGACACAGGCCUUUUCUUCCACACUAAAUAUCCUGCACACAUGCACACAAAGUAUUACGUCUCAUUCCCCCAGUUAAACUCUGUGUGGAUUCGGCCGGUAAAUGCACGCACAGGGAAAGUCGGAUCGGAGUCCGAUGUAAAUGUCAGCAAACGGGGGGAACAUCCCGCGGUCUUUUCCGUGUCACGUUUUGCGUCGAGGCCUGAGAACGAAAGCAGCGUGAGGAGGAGCUUCACUAGCUCUCUGCUUGGUUGGUGACUGCUGAAUGUCUCAGUGGGCGGAGGGGGCGGUGAUGCUGUGAUCUCCGCUGCCAUGCCCCUGCAACCUUCCCCGGUCUGACACCCCGCUCUGUCUCACCCCCCGAUGACCGCGACGUCGCCCGUCUCCCUGCUACCCUUCUCCUCUGUCUUUUGUGGUCGUCACCCCCUCCCUUGAUCUAUCUGGGGAAGAGCUCUUCAAGUGAGAAAGAAGAAAUAUAUAUAUAUGUAUUAUGAUAUAAAUCUAUAAAAAAAAAAAGGUAAUAAUAUAGAGGAGUAAAGAUAAAGGUGGCAGUCUUAUUGCAAAAUGCAGAGAAUAUUCAUUAAAUGUUUUUUUUUUUUUUCUUUUUCAGAGGUGGAAUGUACAGGAAACAAGUUCAUAUUGUAUAUUUUGAAUUUAUGGAAAUCUAAUUGACAAAUCAGUGACAAAAAACGAACUAGUGACGUGGGCGCAGUGAUGUGGCUUUAGACCGGCGGCGGUCGUUCGAUUUCCAGCCGCAGAGUUUUCACUGUCUCACUUUCAGCUGCGAGUUCUGAACCUCUUUGCAGAUGUUCCCUCACGAACAUGACGAACAACACAACUUUAGGUCAAAACGCCUCGAGUAAACGGCAAAGUUUUGUUUGAUAGUGUAUGAGGAUGAUUUUGCACAUGAAUUUGAAUUCUAGUUAGGGUGUAGCCUUUGCUUUGGCACUGGUGAUGUUUUACUGACAUUAUUAUACCGGAUGUAGAAGACUGAACGUGUCUGUUUAGGAUCUUCAUGUUUUUUUUUUUUUUGUUUUUUUUUUUUUAGAAAGACUCUCAGGCCCUAAAGUAAAGGUUAUAAUAACGUAGAAAAACAAAUGUCUUUUAAAGAUCUCUAAAAAUCUGACUUGUAAAUCCGUAUUUGGUGCACUGUACAGCUUGAAAUUGUUUCCAAAUUCUUGCACAAGAUUCUUCUAGCUCUCGGUGUUAUUUGGACGUUUAUUUCAGAUUGUUGAAGCGCCCUCCUUCGUUUUCCGACAACACACACACACACACACACAAGGCAUUUUUCACGCUGCACUUAAAUAUUUGCCUUGUUUUAAAAGACAUCUCCCCCGCACACGGAUCGUAUAAAGUGUUUCUUGGCUCCAGCAGGACGCCACGCAGCCAUCGCACCGAACAUCUUUUUAUUUUAUUUUUUUUUUUCCUCCAGCUCUUUAUAUUGUUUUUAUGUCGGAAAGGUUUUCCUUUUCCAGAUGAUGUCUGCAGAGGGCCAAACCAGUGGCAGACUUUUAGACCUUCUCUUGUGUUUACUAGAACUCCCAGGUGUUUUGUGAGGCAGUCGGGACAGAGUCUAGCUUUAGACCUUGGUCACUCUAAACUGGAUCGGUUGCACUGAUUGCACAAGUGACUGACCAGAUUAAAGAGUCUACUGUGACCCCCCCUACCCCCCUCCUCCUCCUUCCUCCUCCUCCUCGGUGCGUAGAGGGCGGCGGAUGCCAGUGGCUGAAGGUAGGCGGGAGGCAGGGUUACAUCUCUGUACAGUCUGUUUAUCAGUAUUCCUUUUAUCUCUCCUGUCAUUUGGUGGAUCUUGCUGUUUUUAUUCUCCCUGGUCCAGAGAUCUGUAUUAAACUGUAUUAAAUUGUAUAGAUUGUGCAAAAAGCUGAAUGUCACAUAGCAGAAGAGAAAAGAUAUUCCUUACAGAUGACAAAGUGAUUUAAAAUGUAUAAAAGAAAUUCAGAGGCAAACUUUAGGGGUUAAAUGUAUUAUUUUGUUUGUAAUUACUAUUUUUUGUUCGAAGAGGGCUACUGGAUAAAGAAUCAUCUGUAAUAAAGUAAUUUUAAUAUUU